AUGAAAAGGCUAGUGUCAUGUGAAAUUCAGCCUUUUACUCCAGGGUGCAAGUAUUACAUUAGUCGGAAUAAUUGCAGGUUAGGAAGACCCUGUGAAAGCCUUCUGUUGAGCCUAGGUAAAUUGGCUUGUUCUAGGUCAUCGAUUCGAGUGAUUUUGUUGAUGGCCUCAGCGAUCUCCGAGCGAGUUGAGCUCGCUAAACUUUGUAGCUCUCGAGACUGGUCCAAAGCAAUUCGAGUUCUUGACUCGCUCCUCGCUCAGUCUUGCGCUAUUCAAGACAUCUGCAAUAGAGCGUUUUGUUACAGUCAAUUAGAGCUACACAAGCAUGUGAUUAAAGACUGUGAUAGAGCGCUCCAGUUAGACCCUACGCUUCUUCAAGCUUAUAUCCUCAAAGGUCGUGCAUUUUCAUCUUUAGGAAGGAAAGAGGAUGCUCUUUUGGUGUGGGAACAAGGCUACGAACAUGCUCUGCGUCAAUCUGCAGAUCUAAAACAGUUGCUAGAACUGAAGGAGCUCCUGAAGUUUGCAAAACAAGACAGGAGUGCUGGUUGUGAAACCCAUGUCGAUGAAUCUAGAUUUUCUAUUGAGCCAAGGAAUGUACCGGACAUCUGUAGCAAGUCUGGAGAUAAUUUUGAGAUACAAAAGGGGAUAAGUAAUAAAGUUCCUGAAUCAGGAUCUCAUACCAAUGAAAACUCUAGUGAAACCAGUACAAAUUCCAGUAAAGUGAGUGAUAACUCUGAGUUAUUCGGUGAACCAAGAAAUGCACCUGAGGUCUGCAGUAAAUCUGGGGAUAAGUUUGACAUGCAUAAUGGGCUAAGUGAUAAAGCUGGAAGAAAUGAAAAGCCUGGUAUCCUAACGAAUGGAAGUCAUGAUAUUCUUGAUUCACCAAAUCAAGUGUCUGAAUCUUGUAGUGGCAUAAGCAAUGCAUUUGAACUGUCCAGUAGAUUAUCUAUGAUACCUGGCAACUUAGGAGAUACAAGUGAAAUUCUCAGCAAGUCAAGUAAUAAAGCGAGCGUGCAUAAUGAAGUUCCCGAUGAAACCAAAAGAAAUAAAAAGUUGUGUGUUACUAGGAUUUCCAAGAGCAAGUCCAUAAGUAUAGAUUUUCGACUGUCAAGGGGUAUAGCGCAGGUUAAUGAAGGAAAAUAUGCUACUGCCAUAUCUAUUUUUGACCAGAUACUGAAAGAGGAUCCCACUUAUCCUGAGGCACUUAUAGGAAGAGGGACAGCACGUGCAUUCAAAAGAGAACUAGAAUCUGCUAUUGCUGAUUUUUCAAAGGCUAUAGAAUCAAACCCAUCAGCUGGUGAGGCAUGGAAGCGGAGAGGGCAGGCUCGAGCUGCCUUAGGGGAAUCUGCAGAGGCCAUUAACGACUUGACUAAGGCAUUGGAGUUUGAGCCAAACUCUGCAGAUAUUUUGCAUGAAAGGGGAAUUGUUAAUUACAAGUUUAAGGAUUUUGAUGCUGCUGUUGAAGACCUAUCUGCAUGUGUGAAGCUUGAUAUGGAUAACAUGUCUGCCUACACAUAUUUAGGUUUGGCAUUAUCUUCAGUUGGAGAAUAUAAAAAGGCAGAGGAGGCACAUUUAAAGUCAAUCCAAAUUGAUCGCAAUUUUCUUGAGGCAUGGGCUCAUCUAACCCAGUGGUUGUGUGAACAAAAUAGAGUGGAGGAAAACAACAAAUUAGAUUUGUAUGGAUGCGGAGAUGAGAGAAAGACACAGGAUGGAGAGACUCAAGUUACCAAAAUAUUGGAAAUAUGUGUUGCAGGUUUGGAACUUUUGGUGUUUGAUGGAGGCUUUAGUGAGUUCUAUCAAGAUUUGGCGAACUCAACAAAAGCUUUGGAUUGCAUCAAUCAAAUUCUCCAAAUUGACUCAAGGUUUGCAAAAGCAUAUCAUUUCCGUGGGCUGCUGCUUCAUGGAAUGGGUGAACACAGGAAAGCCAUCAAGGAUUUAUCGAUUGGUCUGAGCAUUGAAAAUUCAAAUAUAGAGUGCUUAUAUUUACGAGCAUCGUGCCAUCAUGCUAUUGGAGAAUAUGGAGAGGCGGUGAAGGAUUAUGAUGCUACUCUUGAUUUGGAACUAGACUCAAUGGAGAAGUUUGUGCUCCAAUGCUUGGCCUUCUAUCAGAAAGAGAUUGCUUUGUACACAGCUUCGAAAAUAAAUAGUGAGUUCUGCUGGUUUGACAUUGAUGGAGAUAUUGAUCCUCUGUUUAAGGAGUACUGGUGCAAAAGAUUGCACCCCAAGAAUGUGUGCGAAAAGGUUUAUAGACAACCUCCUCUGCGUGAUUCUCUGAAAAGGGGUAAACUUAGAAAACAAGAUUUUGCCUCUACAAAGCAGAAGGCUGCUCUUUUUGUUGCUGCUGAUUCAAUUGGCCAGAAGAUUCAAUAUGAUUGUUAUGGCUUCUUACCCAAUAGACGACAGAAUGAAAACCGAACAGCACUUAAGUACUCUUGUUCUACUACUACUACUGGUGUAGCAGAGUUUCCUCCAAGCUGUCAUCGUAUGGCAGGAUUAGCCAUUAUUGAAAUUGCACAAAAGGUUGCAAAAGCAUGGCGUUCUUUACAAACUGAAUGGAAGCAUUCUAAUAAAAGCACAUCUAAAUAUGGUAAACGUACCCGGAGAAGGAUCAACAUGCUUAGCCAGAAUAGAGGUGGGGCAGGUUGUAGUACCAGUAGUUCGUCUGAAACGACAACUUCAUAUGGCAUUCUUGAAGAUAAAUCAUUUGGCCGUUCUAUGAUGUCAUGGCAAGAUGUUUACUCGAUAGCUGUCAAAUGGAGGCAGAUAUCUGAACCUUGUGACCCCGUUGUUUGGGUUAACAAGCUGAGUGAGGAGUUCAAUUCUGGAUUUGGGUCUCACACACCAAUGAUUCUUGGACAAGCUAAAGUUGUUCGCUACUACCAAAAUUAUGAAAGAACAUUUGAUGUUGCAAAAACAAUCAUGAAGGAUAAACUUUUUGUGCACAACAAGUCAGACAACAUCAUUGACUUGCCUAAAGAAAAAAUCCAAGCUAUUAUAGAUGCAAAAAACUGUUCUGAUCUAUACAAGGUAGUUGGUGAGGACUACUGGUUGGCUACAUGGUGCAACAGCACAGCAUUUGAAGGGAAGCAACUUGAGGGCACAAGGAUUACUCUAGUGAAGAUGGGCGAAGGUGGAUUUGACUUUGCUAUCAGAACACCUUGUAUGCCUUCUAGAUGGGACGAAUUUGAUGCAGAAAUGGCAAUGGCAUGGGAAGCUGUGUGCAAUGCAUACUGUGGUGAAACUUAUGGGUCAACAGAUUUUGAUGUCCUUGAAAAUGUUAGAGAUGCAAUUUUAAGGAUGACAUAUUACUGGUACAAUUUUAUGCCAUUGUCUAGAGGUUCUGCUGCUGUUGGGUUUACCGUUUUGCUUGGAUUACUUCUCGCUGCAAAUAUGGAGUUCACAGGGAAAAUCCCAAGGGGUAUACAGGUGGACUGGGAAGCCAUUCUAAAUUUUGAUCCUAACUCCUUUGCAGAAUCCGUUAGGAGUUGGUUGUAUCCUUCUCUCAAGAUUAUGACAUCUUGGAAAGAUUAUCCAGAUGUCGCAUCGACUUUGGCAACAACAGGAUCAGUUGUUGCUGCUUUGAGCGCCUAUGAUGUUUGA